UUGUGGAGCCUACUUGCCCGCCAAAAUUCGAUCGAUGAACAUGGCGGUUAGGAAAGUCUAGAAGUAUCAGCAACAGAAAAAUUACUGCAUUUUGCUAACACAGGGGGUGUUUAAAAUGAGUUGGGCAAGAGAUGAAUGGAAAAAUGAACUGCCAUCAAUUGCCCUUCAAAAUAUCGAAAAGCUUGAGAAAAAUCUUGAGACUCUCAAGAAAGACAAACAGCAAAGGAAUUUUCGGUUGGAGUCACUCGAGGCUACCCUUGCACUGCAGAAAAGGAAACACGAGGAAGAAAAGGAGAGAAAUAUCGAUUUGAAAAGGGAGCUUCAAAGUAUUUCGGAAAGUUUUCAAGAUGUGUCCAAGUGUCGUGAUAAGCUGUCUCAUGAUAUACAGCUUAAAGAAUCACGCCUGAAUGUUGUCGAAGGUCAGUUGCAGCGGGCGAAGCAGGCCGUCGAAAGCGAAUCGUCGAAAUGCAGCAAACUAGUUACAGAGCUCGAAAGGGAGCAGACAGAUAAGUUAAGUAUCACAUUAAAGCUCGAGAAAUUAGAAGAAGAGCGGGGAAAACUUAUCGAGAUGAACAAUAUACAGAGGCAGAAGCUUUCCAGUGGGGGAGGAUCUAUUUCUGAUGAUGCUGAAUUAGGGAAGCUUGUGGCUGAUCUUCAAAAGCAACUGCAACAAAAAGACAAAGAAUUGCUUGCCCUGAAGCAAUCUAAAACUGUUGCUAGUGAGAAUACUCAAAGGACAGAUUUAAUGUCGUUUGAUGACAGCCCUCUGAAAGAAGAAAACCUAAUGAUUUUUGAUGAUGAAGUCAAGCCCGAUUCUGAGGUGUUCCCAAGUAAAGUUGAAUACAAUCUUCUUGAACUGGAAGAUGCUCAACCACCUAAAGAACAGAGAAGUCUGAACACUGUAGAAAAUGAUGCCAUUACAAAGAAAAAAGAAGCAGAAAUAAUUCAGUUGACUACCAAGCUCGAGAAAGAGUUAGCAAAAAGCGAAGAACUGCAAAAGAAAGUGCUGCAACUAUCCCAAGAACUUGAAUGUCAAAGACACAACUCUGAAGCUGCUCGGGCACACCAAGAAGAGAAGCAAAAAGAGAAAGAGCGACAAAUGAGAGAAGAAAUGGCAAACCAGAGAGAAUUUGUCAUGGAUAAGGAAAAGGUUCUAAACGAAAUGCAGCAAAAAUCUCAGCACGAAGUUCAAAUUGCAAAGAAUAAGAUGGCUGAGAUGGAAUUACAGUUUUCAAAACUUCAGCAUGAUAACAUUGCACUCGGUCAACAAGUUACAGAAAUCUCAAAUGAAAGAGAUCAGAUGUCCAAUGUUUUGGCUAGCUCAGAGAAGAGAAUCAAUGAGCUGACGCGUGAAACAAAGGCGUUGAAUCAGCAAAAAGAUUCUAUGGUAAAUGAACUUGAAUCUGCUUACUGUAAAGCGAAGAAAUUUGAAGCUGAAAUCGAUGUCUUAAAAGGAGACAUAGCAGGGAAAGAGAACGUAAUCAAACAAAUAGAAAAUGACCUUAAAACUUCAAUGUCACAAAUAGAGAAGUUAAAGAACAGUUCACAAAAGGAUGUAAAUAGCUUAAAGGUGGAAGUCGAUCGUGCCAAAAAGGAUGGAGUUAGACUGGAGUCAGAAAAAGCAAAUGUUGUAGAGAAUUUGCAAAGAGCUGAAGAACAAGGCAAAGAGUUAAGUAAAAGGCUGCGUACUCUCGAAAGUGAGCUCCUUGAUCUGAGGAAGAAUGAAUCGGCGAAGGAUCGAGAACUUGAACAAAGAAGACGUGAAUUUGAAGAGUUGCGAAAAAAGGCAGAUGAUUUUGUCGAGAAGAUCAAACAAAAAGAGGAAGAUGUAAAAGUUUGUGUCAAACUUCAGGAGGAUUUGAAAAAGCAGCUGAUGGCUGCAGAGAGAAACUGUGCCGAUGCUAUUCAAAGUUGCCGUUCUGUUGAGAAGGAGAAGAAAGAGAUAGCUUUGAAUCUUAACGAUGCAAACGAUGCUUUGCUUUCAAACAAACAAGAAAUCGAGAGGAUGAAAAUGGAGUUUCAGGAUGAAAUGGCGCGAGCAAAAUCCGUUUUUGAAGCUGAAGCCCAUCAUAAGCUUGCUGAAUACGAAAGAAAUAGUAUUUCAGCUGAAAACGAGUUAAAAGAGAUGAAGAAGGCAUUCGAAGAAUUAAGGCUGCGAAAUGGCGAGGCAGAAGAAAAGCUGAUUUGUGCAGAGAAAGCUUUAUUGAAUGUAGAGAAUAACGCAAGAAAGAAUGAAGAGCUGGUCGGAAUAUUGAGGACUGAGAAAGAAAAUGCCAUAAUGAAAUUGGAUGGGCUUGUGGGCAAGGAGGAAGAGAAAAAGAAAGAACUUGAAGACGCUGAAACCAGAAUUAACCAUCUUGAAAACGUUUUGCAGGGGAACCAGGCAAGAAUAGACAGUCUUGUCACUGAAAAGGCAGAGUUGGUACAAAAUUCAAUAGCAAUGCAGUCUACCGAAGAAAGUCGGAAGAGAAUUAUCAGUAAUCUUGAAGAUAAGGUUAAGGUCCUAAGUGAUGAAAAUUCUGAAGCUAUAAGAAGCAAAGAAUUUGUAGAGCAGGAAAAAACAGAGAUCUUGAAGCAGCUAGAAAAGGAUAGAAUGGAGAAAGAAAAAGCAGUCGAGGAAAGCUUUAAGUUGAAAGAAAAGUUGUUUGAAUUGGAAAAUCAAGAAGAAGAUUUUAUUAUACAGAUCGAACAACUUGAAAAACAAAGGGAAACGCUUCAGGAAAAAUCUGCAGAGCUUCUUUUAGAGAGAGAUGAGCAAACAAGGCUAAAUACUGAGCAACAAGCACAGUUGAGUGAACUCAAAUCUGCAAAAGAUGACGCUUCGUGUAAUUUGGAAAAGGCUGUCAAGGAAUAUUCAGACAUUGCAGAGGAAUUGCAAAAGGUUACUCAAGAGUAUUUGAAUAUAAAGAACGAGAAAGAUGCGGUACAGACAAAUGUUUUACAGUUGGAAGGUGAAUUGGCAGAAAUGAAGGCCAGUAAUGAGAAGAUUUGCAAAGAAAAUUCUGACCAGAUGGCCGAGUUGGAGAAGGUAAGGUCUGAAGCAGAAGCUGUUAGAUCUGAAGGAAAUGCUUUGAUAGAAACUAUGAAAAGUUUGGAGAGUUUGAACUUAGAGAUGAGGGCACAGAUCGAUUUGCUUAAACAAGAAAAUAUGGAAAUUUGUAGAAACAGUGAGAUAACCCAAAAGAAGCUUGAGGACGCUCUCAGUGCGUUACAAUGUUUUGAAGACGAAAGGAGGGACUUUGAGCAGCAAAGUGAGGCGCUGAAAAGUCAGUGUGAAGUAAGUGGAAAACAACUUUCAGAAGCUGAGUUAAUAAAGGCUGGUCUGGCUGAAAAGGUCUCGUCAUUGGAAGCUGAGUUAACAACGACUUCUGAGGAAAAUGAGAUACUUAGAAAUGAGGCAAAGGUUCUUUCAGGUAGAAACAGGGAAGCAGAAUUGGAGAUAGAAGACAUGAGAGGGGCGAUACAGGAAGUUGAUGGAUUAAGAAGGACAUUGGAAGAGGUAAAUGUUGUUACACUGCAGCUGAAUGAUAAGUUUAUCAGCAAGGAAGAGGAGAUGAAAAAGAUCGAGGAAAAGGUUUAUGCAGCAGAGGAACAGGCCAAGAAUCUGAAUGCACAGGUUGAAGAGUACAAGGUUGUUUCUGAAAAGCAAUUUGCAACUAUUGCUGAUAACGAAGUGCAAAUCAAUCAACUGACAGCUGACAAUCAAAGGUUGAUUGAAGAAGCUAAUACAUUGGUAGAGGCCACGAAGAAUUACGAAAUGCAGAGCAAGGUGUUAGAAGAUAAAAUUGAUCAGUUAAAGCAAGAGAAAGAUGCAUUGAACCGAAGCUUUACAGAGAAAGCAGAGGAAGUGGUUAAACUAAAUAAUGCUUUACAAGAGAUAGCCUCAGAUGCUGAGCAAGAACAGCAGCAGAAAGGGUUGGCUGAAAGUAUGCUGAGAAUAAAGCUGGAAGUGAUCACCGAAAAAGAAAAGGAAAUUACCGAGCUGAAGCGGCAUGUUGAAAUCUACGAUCAAAGUUUGAUGCAUAAGUCCCAUGACUUGGAGAAAAUGAGCAGAAAAUUUGAGGAAAUAGAGAUGCAGCUUAGGGAAGUAACAGAGGAACGAGAGAGAUUAGAAGGUGAGAAAGAUUCUAUACUUGCUGAAGGUGAAAAGUUCCUUAAGAAGAGAGAUGAAAAAAUUGAAGGGUUGGAAGCGGAUAUCAAGCAGCUGAAUGAACAGUUGGAAAGAGUCGUAGCUGAAAAUGGCCAUCUGCAGAAGAAAGAACAAGCAUUGCUGGAGGAUCUUAAUGAUAAGAUUGAGCAAAUUACAAAUGAGUUCAGCAAUAAAUCCAAAGCUCUUGAGUAUGAUUUGACGUUGAAGGAAAACGAGGUUGUCGAAAAAGCAUCUCUAUUGGAAAGAAAAGCAGCAGAAAUUGAGUUUCUUUCGCAGCAGAAUUCCAGAUUGCAAGACGAUAAUAGUCAGCAUCGUACUCAACUCGAUGAAUUAAACGACUUCCACAAAAAAGAAUUAAGCAGCUUGAAAGAGCAAGUAAAUUUGUUAGAAGACAGAUCAUUAGACGAGGCAAAUAAGGCAAAACAAGCAAUCGAAGAGAAAUGCAUCAUCCAAUCAGAGAAAGAUAAUCUGGAAUCGAAAGUCGAGGAAUACAAGGAAAUAAACGAAGAUUUGCUCAAAAGAAUGAGAGACGCAAGUGAUGAAAGGGACAUUCUUGUUGUUGGAAUUUCAGAUGUGGAGCAACGAUUUGCAAGAAGGGAUGCAGAAUAUGUCGAACUGUCAAGCCAAAUGGAAACCGCACAAGCGGAGUUGCAGAGUGUACGCAAAGAGCUUGAGAACAGUGAGCAGGUGGCUCAAAAAUUUGAAGCAGAGAUUGGCAUGUUGAGUGAUGCUGUGAAGAAACAAGAAAGCCAAAUUCUGCACGAGGAGCAACAAAGAUCAGUGGCUGAAAAUGAGCUAAAAGAUGCAACUUUGAAAUAUGACUCAAAGAUCAAUGAACUGCAAAAGCAACUGAAGCAUGCCAACAGAUCUAUUUCAUUACUUGAUGGGAAUGCCAACGAGUUGGAGAGACAAAUCCUAGCAAAAACCAAUGAGAUGGAAUCUCUGGCAAAAGAAUUUUGUGCAUAUAAGGAGACGAUGUCUGUAGAAGUUCAAAGCCUGACAGGGGAGAUUGAAAAUAAAAAUGAUCGUAUAUCAGAAAUGAUUUACAAUUCCAAAGAACUUGAAUCUAGACUUUCUGAUCUGCUUUCGGAUCUUGACGCUGAAAAGAGGAACAACCAGUCACUCACAGACUGUAUAAAGGACAAAGAUGAAAAAGUUAAUGAGCUUGUCUCCACGUUACAUAAGAUUGACGAUGACUUAUCAAACGAGAAAGCUUUAAGGUUGGAGUCAGAAAAUCUGGUCGAGAAUUUGUCCUCCAAGUGCUCCUCUUAUGAGGAGACAGCUGUAGAGCGGCAAGCGGAAAUAGAGAGAUUGAUGACAAGGAUAUCUAUGCUGAACUGUAAACAUGAAGAACUUGAGACGUAUAUUGCUGAAAUUGAAGCAAAUAUUACCUCUUUGAAUGAAGGUUUGAAGAGCAAGGAAAAGGAAAUGGCUACAACAAUCGAACUUUACGAAAAGAAAGUUCAAGAUGGUGAGAGGGAAUAUGGCCAAUUGGUCAUCAAAACUGAGAAGUUGAAAUCUGAAAAUUCUGGUCUUCUAGAGCAGCAAGAGGUGUUGGAAGCUGAAUUCCAGUCAACAAAAGAAAAUUUUAGGAAACGGGAAAGUGAGUUACAAGAUGAUAUAAAUGGAAAGCAUAACUUGAUUACACAGCUAGAGGCAUUGCAGGACGAGAAGGACAACAGGAUUGCAUCACUUGAAUCUUCUUUGAAAGAUAAAAGCAAAACGUUGCAAGAAACAGAGGAACUGGUGGGGAAUUUACAAACUCAGUUAACAGAAAGGAUUGAACAGUUAGAAAGUACCAAAGGAGGAUUAGAACAGAUGGAAAAGAAUUGUAAUGAGAAAGACCAGUUGCUACACGAAAAGAUGAUUGAAAUCGAGAAGCUAACAGUAAAAGUCACCGAGUUAUCAGGAUCUUUUGAAUGUUUGCAGGAAAGGUCAUCGAACGAAAGGACCUUGCUUGAAAAUGAGUUGAGCAAGAAGAUUAAUGCCAUAGCUGACAUUGAAAGCAGUCUGACAGAAGCACAGUCGAAGAUAAAUGAAUUGCAUACUGUUAUUGACGAUCUCUCUAAUGAAAGGGAGAAUGUUAGAUUGACUGUUGAUAACCUUCAUAUUGAGGUAAAUGCAGUAAAAGAAGAAUGCGAACUCGCCAAAGUGGCACACAAUGCAAGAGUGGAUGAAUUACAAGUGGUUGUCAACAAAAAAGAACAAGAGAUUUGUAUGUACCAUAAGACAUCUGAAGAUAUGAAACAGGAAUCAGUAGGUCUGAAGAAGAGAAUCGAUGAGCUGGAAGGUAGCAUUACAGAAAUGAAUAACCAACGCAAAGCAAAAGAGAGUGAGAUAGCUGCAUUAACUGAUCAGCUGAAACACGCAUCGGAUGAAUGCGAAAACCUGGGAACCAAAAUAGUCAACUUAGAGGAAGAGAUCCAAUAUUUGAAAAUCGAUCUGGACAAGAAAUGCCAAGAAAUUGAAGGCAACCUGUCAACAAUUUCCAAAUAUGAAGAGGAGAUCAUGUUGAAGACGAACAGCAUCAGUGAAUGCCAGAACCUUGCUACGAGUUUUAAACGCGAAAUUGAGGCAUUGCAGUCUGAGAUUGCUCGUGUAAAUGCUGGUGUUGAGAUUAAGGAUAGAAAUAAUGAAGCCUUGUGCCAGAAAGUAAAAGGUCUGGAAGUGCAAUUGAAGAAUAAGGUAGAAGAAUUCGAUCAACUUUCUCUUGAAAACCAGUCAAUGCAUGAUCACCACGAGGUGGUUGUUUUAGAGUUGAGGGAGACAGUAGAUUUGAAGAUCUGUGAGUUAGCUGGGGUGAGAGAAGAGUUUGAAAAGCAGAAAAGAGAAUUAGAAAACGCGCUUGACAAGAUUGGAUUUAUAAAUCAAGACGCAAACGAUAAGGCAAAUGAAAUGGAAAAGAUCAACUAUGCAUUAAAGGAAAGUGAAGACCAAUUGGCAAAGGCAAAGACAGAAAAUUCAGAACUUGUUGAAAUGGUAGAAAAUUUGAGGAAAGAUCUUGAGGUUGUAAAUUCUGAUCUUGAACGCACCAAGGAAGAUAUGGACAGGAAAACUAGUCUUAUUAAAGGACUGAAUAACGAUAAUGCGAAGCUUACUGACAUCGUUAAUGAAAAAGAGACAGUUUUAAUUGGCAAAGACGAAGAGCUCAGUGAAUUGAUAAAAGAGGUGAACAAUGCCAAAACAGAAGCUCAAGUCAAAGAAGAUGCUUUGGCGAGCUUGAAAUCUCAAAACGUAGCUUUAACUGAAAAUGUUAAUGAAGUUAAAAUGAUUCUGACAGCUAAAGAGGAAAAAAUUACAGAGUUAAUUGAAGAGCUUGACAAAGUCGAAAAGGAACUGACAUGUAGCAAAGAAGACCAUGAAAAGACAAAAGAUGAGUUAAAGGAAAUUGAAUGCGAGAAAAGUGGUUUUGCAAGAGAACUCAGCAAGGUGAAGGAUAAUUUUGCUUCAGGGGAAAGGAUGAUUGAAGUGCUGAAGGUAGAGACUGGGGAAAUCAAGGUUGAACUUGAAAAAGAAAGAUGCAAUGCAGAAAAUUUGUCUGUUGAAAAUGAAAAGCUAUCAGAAAGAGCUGAAGAAGCAGAGAAAGCUCUUUCAACCAAAGUUUGUUUGCUGUCGGAAUUGACUGCAGAACUUAAGAGUAGCGUAGAAAAAAUUGAAGAGAAUGGUGAACUAUUGAAAUGUGUACAAAUUGAGAAAAAUCGUCUUGAUGAGAAACUGUCAAAGUCUUUAGAUGAUAUAGCAGAAAUGAAAGAAAGUCAUAACUCUUUGAAUCAAGAGCUUGCUGAUGUUAAAAAUCAGCUUUGCGAAAAAGAAAGUGCUUUAGAGAAAAUCAGGAAUGAACUUACUGAGUUUGAGGAAUCUACAAAGUGCCUUGAAAAGAAAUUAGCAGGAAAGAUCUCUGAGCUGAAAGAGUCAAAUGAAUUGCUCGUUGAUGCUCGAUCUGAUUUAAAGAAAAAUGAACUGGCUAUGGGUGAAUUAGAAAAAACUUUGAAGAUGACACAGCUCGUCUUGCGCGCAAGAUCCAGAGAGGCUGAAUCUUUAUAUGGCCAGUUACAAGACGUAAAUACGGAACUGGAGGCAAAUGAAAAUAAACUGGAUAGACUGUCAGAUGAAAAUGAUCAGCUGGAAGAUCAGCUUAUGAAAGCUAAAGCUGCACUUGAAGAAAGAAAUAAAGAGGUAGAAUUUCACGGAACAACGUUUAAAGAUUUCGAGCAAAAGCUUAGCGAAAAGGAAUCGCAGUUAGAGAAGAAUGAAAAAGAAUUAGCUGCUAUUGAAGAGGAAUUCAAUGCAGCAAAAGUUGUGCUGGAGAAAAGGGAGGGUAAAAUGGAAAAAUUAAAGGCAGCUCUAGAAGAAAAUCAGUCUAAAAUUGAGGAGAAAGACGGAGUCAUAUCACGUAUAAAAGACGAAAUGGACGCUUGUGUCAGGAAACAUAAAGAUGAAAUUAAGAAGUCAAAAUCUGAGCAUGAUAAUUUGGUGAGGUUGCUAAAAGGAAAGGAGGAUAAAAUCAGCCAGUUACGGCAAGAGAUACAAAGUAUGUCUUCAAGUAUGAAAAAGAAGACUGAAGAGUUGGAAAAGCAAGUUUCAGCAAGAGAGGAAGAUCUCAAGAAGAAAACAGAAAAGAUAGAGAAUCUUCAGGUUGAUUUAGGAAGCCAUAAGUAUGAUCAUGAUGCGUUGUUUGAAACAAUGACUGAAGACUUGAGAAAAUCAAGAGAAAAGGUGCAGUCUCUUGAAGAAAAGAUAGAGGAAUUAGAAAAGACUGUUUGGGAGGGAUACGCUGAAAUCGAACAAGUGAACCAGGACAAGAUUGUGUUGCAAAACCAGAUCAAAGCCUUGACGGGAAAAUUGGAGGAAAUGGGUGAUGAAAAGGAGGGUAUUUUAGAAGAUAAGAUCAAGGAGUUGAAAGCGAAAGAUGACCAAGUUAAAAAUAUGGGGCUUAUGUGACAGAACUGCAAAACAGACUGAAGAGAGAAAGGCUUCAAAGCAGAGAAUCCCGGGGUUCAGAAGGCGGACCUGGCGAGCAAUCUGUUGUGAGAGAAGGCCUGCGCAAUCUGCAACUUACUACGCCAGAUAAUCGCUCAGCGACCAAAGAUUCGAACGGAGAAACGCCUCUCAAACGAGCAAGAACAAACGAAA